CGUCAUUGUGACGUAGAGCCGAGCGCACCUGAGCAGCGUUUGUGCUGAGAGGCGGGACGCUGAGCGGAGGUUUAAAUGACAGCCGCGCAGCGCGUGCUCCGGUGCUCGUGACCCAGGGACAGCAGGCGCGUGGAGGCUCGUGGCCUUGUUGACGGUGCAGGUUUCAUUGGUUUCUGUUCGUCAGACGCAGUUUCUCACCCCCCACAGCCUUACACGCAGCUCUGCAUUUGCAGCCAUGUUUAAGACCAGUAGCAAAGACUUGUUUCUGCCUUCACCUGAGCUACUGGACAGCAUGCAGUCUGUGGAGGAAUCUGACGGUGACUGUGGUGGAAGCGCCGUAUCGUUGGCCGAAGCCCUGCUCCCUGUGACGGAGUCCUCACCACCUCCAAUCCCCUGGGUCUGCUCAACCCGCUACAAGACGGAGCUCUGCACCACUUACUCAGAUGAUGGUUUCUGCAAGUAUGCCGAGCGCUGCCAGUUUGCCCACGGCCUCCACGAACUCCACGUUCCCUCACACCAUCCAAAGUACAAGACCGAGUUGUGUCGCAGCUACCACACAGAUGGCUACUGCUACUAUGGCAACCGUUGCCUGUUUGUCCACAGUCCCACAGAGCAACGCCCCACCCUCCGUCGUCGCAGGAACGUCCCGUGCCGCACCUUCCGUGCCUUUGGGAUUUGUCCCUUUGGAACCCGCUGUAACUUCCUGCAUGUGGAGGGUAAAGAUGAAGACGGCCGUUACGAUUUGGCCAGUGUUGGUGAAAAGACCGCAUUUGUGCAAAAGCCCAAGGGGUGGAAACCUCGGGGAGCUCUGUGCCACACCUUCAGCACCUUUGGCUUCUGCCUGUACGGAACCCGCUGUCACUUCCAGCACGGCCUCCCUAACAGGAUAAAAACCUCCAGUCAACACAAUGGGUUGCUGUCCACAUGCGCGUCACGUUUGCCUUCUGCAUCAGACUCUUCAGCCUCAUCAUCUCCUCCACCCACCACCCCAGAAGCACCAGCGCACAAUGCUUUCACCUUCUCCAGUCAGCACUUAAAUGAUCUGCUCCUGCCACUGGCCCUCCACCUGCAGAAGCUGGAGAGCACGAAGGCCCAGGAUAUCUGGGCCAACAGGAGGCUCUAAAGUGCUGCUGAACACUUUCUUUUUUCUUUUUUUAAUAUGUAAUUCCCCCCACUUUACCCCAAGGGUUUUUUUGUAUAUAUGUUCCAGUUGACUUGAGCUUGUUUCAGAAGGCCCAAGCAGGCCUUGGCAAACAUGACUAUUCAGUCAUGGAUCAGUCUGGAGUAGCUCUGGAAAGAGAAUCUUACAGGUGCAGCUAUAUGUGUAAUAUUUUUAAUUGUACAUGGCUAUAUGUCUGCCCAAAGCACUGUAAAUAAACCAUGUUGCUUUUUUUACUAA